GUACGACUAAUCUACAAUUUGUCCCCCUUUGUACUUUGCUCCAAAUUACUAAUUAACUGCCAUCUUCAAUGGCAGCCAAUUCUACAGUUGAGCCAACUCUUCAUUUCUCCGAAAAAACACUAAACGAUAUCUCUUCUUUCUUCCCAAAAAUUCAACCAAAUGGAGCAACCCAUGCUCCUUAAACUCUUGUUAGUCUCAAUUGCGGUUCUUGGGUCAACCCGGAUCCAAUUCGUCUCUACCCAUCAAGAAUCCGGUGACUGGCAUUGCGAUGCUGACGUGGAAUCCCGAGUUUCUGCAGAGUUCAAACCUGGACUUGUAACACUUGAUGGACAUGCUGAUGAUUGGGAGAAUAUUGAUGGGUUUGAGUUUUCUCUUCUUCCUGCUCUUGACCCGGAUCAUGACCAUGAAUAUAAAGAUGGAAAGAUGACUGUUAAGGCUUUGCACGACGGAAAAGAUGUGUACUUUUUGUUGCAAGUUGAUGGAGAAUAUGUAUACAAGAAAGGAAAUGACAAGAAUUGCCCAUCUGUAGCACUGAUGUUUCAAAUUGGUGAGAGUGCCACAUAUCAUAGUAUGGGUGGGUGUAAGCAAUCACCUGAUGCAUGCAACAAAAAAACUUGUCGUGGGCACGAAGUCGAUAUCAUGCACUUCUCUAUUGGAAAUGCUAUCCCUGGCAGAUUGUAUGGUGGAAAUCCAGUCGACAACCGAGAUGGUAAUGGGGGAGACAGAUUUGGUCAUCUAGUUGAUUUGUAUGCAUGGAGCCCACACUGUCUGAAUCUGGAUGGGGUUAGUCCUAAAGGAAAUGAUACUUCUGCUCAGAAUGACUGGAGGGGCGCAUGGUGGCAUAGCAGCUUCACAACCCAUUCAGGUUAUUCUGAGGAAGACAGUCCUUAUUCGACAAAGGGUCAAAAGGGAACAUUCUAUUUUGAAUUUUCUAGGCCCCUGAGAACCAUGGAUCGUCUUCAGCAGGAUGUGCAAUUCACUAUCGGUCAGAUGAGCAAGUUUUCAGCUGCAUUUUGGUAUCCGGAGGAUGGAAAUGCAUGGCACGGAUCAGGACAUUACACGAUUAGCUGUGACUGGGUACCUCUAGAUGUUCCUCCAGGUUCAUCUGCAGGAGCCAAAGUGGUAUCAAGAAGCUCUUGGGAUGCUGUUUCCAGUGGUUUUGCUUUUCUGUUAUCUAUUGUUUCAUUUGGUGUAACCAUUUUUAUUGGUUAUUGGGUUCAUAAGAAAAAUUCCACCUCUUUUCAACGCAUUGGUGGUUAGACUCUUUUGAGUGCUUCUUCCCUUAUAUAUUCCUAUUUUUUUCCUUUUCUUAAUACAGAAUUUUAGUAUUGUCUUUACCUUUUUAUAUAGCGGGAUGAUGGACAAGGUAUAUUCUUUUGUAAUAAGUGCAGUUUUGUAUACUUAUCUGGUGCUUAUAUCUUGUACCCAUUGAAUGUCAAAAUAGUGGAUUUGCAAUAUCAUUAGGAGAUAA